GGGGAUUUAAGGCCGCCGGGUGCCCCGGGACAGCCGCACUGGAGCCAUGGCCGCCCUGCUGAGCCUCGUCCUGCUGCUGGCGGCGGGCGGUGCCCGCGCCGCGGUGCCGCCGCAGAGCCGCGUGGUCAACGGGCAGGAUGCGGAGCCCUACAGCUGGCCCUGGCAGAUCUCGCUGCAGUACGAGUGGGACGGGACCUUCCGCCACACCUGCGGCGGCACCUUGAUCGCGGCCAACUGGGUGAUGACGGCCGCGCACUGCAUCUCCAAAUCCCGCACGUACCAGGUGGUGCUGGGCGAGUACGACAUGAGCGCCGGGGAGGGCUCCGAGCAGCGCAUCCCCGUCAACUCCGACGACAUCUUCGUGCACCCCAAGUGGCUCAGCUUCUGCGCGGCCUGCGGCAAUGACAUCGCCCUGCUGAAGCUGCAGCGCCCGGCCGUGCUCUCGGCGGAGGUGCAGGUGGGGCGGCUGCCGCCCGCCGGCUCCGUGCUGCCCAACGGGUACCCGUGCGUGCUCAGCGGCUGGGGACUGCUCACCACUGGGGGGUCUCUGCCGGACCGGCUGCAGCAGGCAGAGCUGCCCGUGGUGGAUUAUGAGCACUGCACCCAGCCCGACUGGUGGGGGGCCCUGGCCAUCCGCAAAACCAUGAUCUGUGCCGGCGGCGCCGAGAAGUCCGGAUGCAACGGCGACUCCGGGGGACCCCUGAACUGCCAGGCUGAGGAUGGCACCUGGGAGGUGCACGGCAUCGCCAGCUUCGUGUCGGCCCUGGGCUGCAACGCUGCCAAGAAACCCACGGUGUUCACCCGCGUGUCCGCCUUCGAGGACUGGAUUGCAGAGACCAUGAAAAACAACUGA